AUGGCAAGACCUUUCAGGCAUGCUCACUCCGUGUUGAAUAUGGAGUUUGAGGCGUACAGGGCCGGUCUACGACUUGGUAUUCACCAAGGUUGGUCAGAUAUUGAUAUUGAGAGUGAUUCUAUCCUACUUAUCGUUGCUCUUGAGAGGAAGGAAAAGGACAUGUUUGAGGUGGGUCAUAUUCUGGGUGAUUGUAAAGAUUAUUUGAGAGUCUUUCAAUCAAUUAGAAUCCAAGCAAAUGGUGUAGCAGAUAGAUUAGCGCACCUUGUUAGUUUGGGAGCAUUUGAUGAUGUUUGGUUAGAGGAGACUCCUGUUAUUAUUCAGGAUGUUCUCUACGAGGAUAUUAGUCAUUUACUUAUUGACGACAUUGCAAAGGUAUCAAAACAGUUUUCUGGCUGGAAAAAGAAACAGAAGAUGUCGCAGGAGCAAGAGUUGAAUGUGUACAGCUCUUCUGGUUCUCCAACAAUCGAGGAUUCGAAUCCUUGUCCCAUCUGCCUCGCACCCAUCUUUCAAAUUUCUUACCUCGACAAAUGUUUCCAUAAGUUCUGUUACAAAUGCAUAUUGCAAUGGACCAAAGUUGUUGCUAGCAAGCAGUCUGACCCGUCUUCUUCCAUAAAGUGUCCUUUGUGCAAGACAGAUAAUUUUUCAAUAAUACAUGGAUAUGAUGGAUGUUCGUUUCAAAAGCAUUACAUCAACCAGGAUUCAAGGGAUAGCUUUGUCUUAUCAAGCGCUCACAAGUAUAGGUUACAGUGCUACUAUACUGAACCAGGUUUCUUAGACGACAUUUUUGAUGUAUCACAGUAUUGGAAGUCCUGCAAGUAUCUGCAGCCAAACUGUUGGCUUCAAAGUUGGCUGAGAAGGGAAAUCCAAGCACUUAUGCAGGAAGAAGAUGUUGAGAUCAUCAUGCACCACGUACUUGGUGUGAUUAAAUCCGUAAUGAGUCAUAAGCAAAAAGGUCAGACGAAAACAUUUGAAGCAAAACAAAGAGAAUUUCAAGAGACAAUCUCCGAUGCAGCAAGGCCCUUCCUGACUACAAGAACUGACCGAUUUGUAAAUGAGGUGGAACUAUUUCUUGCUUCAGGUUUAAACAUUGAAGCAUAUGAUGCUGUGUGCAUGCAACGCUUAGGUUGGAGUGCCCGUGGAGUAACUUCCGAGACUGCUGUAGAAGGAGAACUUGCCGAGCACAGACCUGUUAUCCCUUUCUUGCAUAUAUUUGAAGACUUUGACAGCAGUGAUUGAAAGUUUCAUUUUUCUUAGUAUGCAUAAGUGUCACUUCAAUUCAGUUUUCUGCUGUUUUACACUGUUAUAUUUCAAAGUUCUUCCAAAUGCACAUACACACUUAAAAGUAAAAACUUAUGAAGAGCUUGAAAUUGAAUUGCUAUCAUUUUU